CGAGAGCUCGUGUCGUCGUGCUAGAACGGAUUAACGCGCUGCGCGCUGUGAAUUGGUUCAACCAACUAAUACCGACAAACGAACUGACACACACAUACGAGCGUCAAAGAGGCAGCCACAGUAGACGAGAGACGGGUCGUGAAAGUGAAUAGCAGUUCUGGUGACUCGAAAGGGGACGGCGGCGGCGGUGUACGAAAGCGAAUGUGAAAAGUGAAAUUAAUUUUUGUCUGCAACUUCGUUGAAGUUGAAAUUCGUAAUCGGAACGCGACGGCUGACGGUGGUGGCGCUAAUGGUGUCGGAUUGACGGUCGUUGGAGCGUGUACGAAACAAAAAAAAACAACAACAACAACGCGUAAAAGUCAUAGCGAACGUUAUAAAAUGAAAUGUUCGAGCCUGUUAAUGAGGGUCGGCAGUGAAGCAGCUUCGCACGAAAUAAUGCACUAGAAUAUCACCAGCAACAACAGCACCAAACGCAUUGUAACGACGAGCGCAAAAUGCAACAACAACAAGUACACUUCAACGCGCUCCUCCCAUGACAUAUGUCCAAUAAGCUAACGAGUUCUAUAGAUAUAUAUAUAUAUAUACAUACACAUACAACAACUACAACAAUAUCGUUCAUAACGGCCAGCCACGGGAUAUUAUCACGUAUGACCGCCAACUCAGCCAUAUCACAGCGCAGCACAACAACAAAAACACGAUAAUGUUGUGCAAAACAAAAGGAAGUAGCAGUCGAGGCAAACGAAAAGCGCUUGAGGGAAGUAACAGCAGCAGCAGAAGCAGCAGCAGCGGCAGUGAAAGUGGGAGUGGUAGUGCCGCGAUAAGCCAUCGGUGGAUGGACAGUUGCACGUUGCUACUUUUAGUCAUACUCACAUUGACGCAUAUUCCCAGCGCGAGAUGUAAGCGAAAAGAAAUGGCCGCCGGUCGUUUGGAGAAUGUCACACAAACUAUUUCGAAAAUUCUCCAAGGUUACGACAUACGACUGCGUCCGAAUUUCGGCGGUGAGCCAUUGCACGUGGGUAUGGAUCUCACAAUAGCCAGCUUUGAUGCCAUAUCAGAAGUGAACAUGGACUACACCAUCACCAUGUAUUUAAACCAGUACUGGCGAGAUGAGCGGCUAGCCUUCAACGCAUACGGACCAUACUAUGACGAUGAUGCAGACGACGAUGGCGUCAAUGAUGUGCUGACACUCUCUGGCGACUUCGCAGAGAAAAUUUGGGUACCCGACACCUUUUUUGCGAACGACAAAAAUAGUUUCUUACAUGACGUCACCGAGCGCAACAAACUGGUGCGCUUGGGUGGCGACGGCGCUGUCACCUAUGGCAUGCGCUUCACAACAACACUCGCCUGCAUGAUGGAUUUGCACUACUAUCCGUUGGAUUCACAAAACUGUACAGUAGAAAUUGAGAGUUAUGGCUACACUGUCAGCGAUGUGGUGAUGUACUGGAAGCCCACACCGGUGCGCGGUGUCAUGGAUGCCGAGCUGCCACAGUUCACCAUAAUCGGUUACGGUACGAAUGAUCGUAAAGAGCGUUUAGCCACUGGUAUAUAUCAGCGCUUGUCGCUCUCUUUCAAAUUGCAACGGAAUAUUGGUUAUUUUGUAUUUCAAACAUAUCUGCCAAGCAUAUUGAUUGUGAUGCUCUCGUGGGUGUCCUUCUGGAUCAACCAUGAGGCGACAAGUGCGCGCGUCGCUUUAGGGAUAACCACCGUGCUCACUAUGACUACAAUAAGCACCGGUGUGCGCAGUUCCUUGCCAAGGAUAUCUUAUGUCAAAGCCAUUGACAUUUAUUUGGUGAUGUGCUUCGUGUUCGUUUUCGCUGCACUGCUUGAGUACGCAGCUGUCAAUUACACGUAUUGGGGUAAGCGCGCCAAGAAAAAAGUGAAAAAGUCCAAAGAUGGUGAAGGCAGAAAAACAGGCAAGGGCGAUAAAUCCGAAACGUGUUCAACGGCCGAUGACAUCAUCGAAUUGCAGGAUGUGCGCAUGAGUCCUAUACCCUCAUUGCGUAAAGGCAACUACAAUAGCACGCUCGGCUCCAUAGGCACCGAAACUGUGGACCUGGCAAAGUUUCCACCGAGCUUUAGAAUUACGCGCAAUUAUGGCACAAAUCGUACACAUUUGCGUUAUAGAGGCCAAAAAGGCAAACCACGCAUGCUGCAUGCGCUGAAACGAGGCGCUUCGGCCCUCAAAGCAACUAUACCGAAAAUCAAAGAUGUUAACAUUAUCGACAAAUAUUCACGCAUGGUGUUCCCAGUCAGCUUUUUAGCCUUUAAUCUGGGCUACUGGCUGUUCUACAUUCUGGAAUGAUAGCACCUGCUGACACUUCACGCCAAAUAGGAGGAACCCUAGUUAGUGUGUAGUGUACAAGUAAAUUAUGACACCUGAAAAUUCGAAGUCUACCACGUAACCAAAAGCCAUGGCACAACAAAAUGCACAAAAAACUGCGCAAAAAACCCAAUGUGAGAGAGUCCAAUCAAAAUUAUGUAAAAGUAAAAUGAAUCAAAGAAAUGUCACCAAAAAUUAACCAAAUGUGUCCUCAAAUGAAUUAGAAUUAAAACAAUUGUGUAGAUGAACGCCAAAUUAACUAAAGCAAAUUAGAGCAACAACACCAACCUAAAUUGUCAGAACGAGCCCUUUAAAAUUAAAAAAAAAAAAUUAAAAAAAAAAAAUAAAAUUAAAAAAAAUGUAAUAACAGAAAAGCACGAUUUCAUUGCCACUUCGAUGGAUGUGUUUGCGAAUCUUAUAAAAGUUCAAACAAAACCUAACAUAGUCAAUGAAAAGUUGGGCUUAGUACUAAAUGUGACCCUUCGCUAUAACGAAAUAAAAAAUUACUUACAUACAUACCGACAACACAAAUUCUUACCAACGUUUAGUUUAAGUUAGGAACGAAUUAGGAAGUCCAAUGUUUUAGGAAACACAAGGUCGAAAACUUAGAAAACAAAAUUUAAUUACGAAUACUAAUACUUACAUAAAUUUAGUGGGAAGCUUGAAAUAGGAACCGAAAAUAAUGAUUUUGAUUUUUCAAAUUUAUUUCAAAUUGAUUAACAAUAAUCGCUUUAGAUUUUUUACUUUCUUUACAAAAGUCUCGAUAUGUCACCUAAGGGGUUAAAUACAGUUAGAAAGCCUAAGAUAGCGAGUUUUACAGAAUUUUUUCUGGGGCAACUCUUAAAGUUAUUUAUCCAAAAAUAUGUACACAUAUUGAGCUAUCUUUUAACUGUACUUUAAGGCUUAGUAUUAGUUAAAAUAUUUAUUUGAAAAGGAACUACAACUGAUCUCCAGGAGCUCCAUUCAAUAAAGGCGUUUUGCAAUGAUCACUAUAUCUCUGAACAAGAUCCUCUGAAAUUAAAAGAAAGAGAUAUCAUUAAAGUAAUGCUAAAUCUAGUAAUUAAUAAAAGGAAUAAGCAAAAUAGUAUUUUUUGACAAAAUGGCGUUUUCUAAAAUGAAAAACAAUUUUUGAACACU